AUGAGAGGAGCUGUAGCACUGAAGAAUCUUGAAAUAAAAGAAAAUGCACUGAGUCAGCUGGAUGUGCCAUUUAAAGUUAAAGCAGGACAUAUUGGUCAACUUAACCUACAGAUUCCAUGGCAAAACCUUUAUACUCAACCCGUUGGCAGUUCUCUUGAUGGAGUUUAUUUGCUUAUUGUGCCCACAGCCAGCAUAAAAUAUGAUGCUGAAAAAGAAGCCAGGCAGCUCUUGGAAGCGAGACAAAGAGAAUUGCAAAGGAUAGAGGAAGCAAAGCAGAAAAUAGCUGACCAAGAUAAAGUAAAAGAAGAGAAACAAGACACUUUUGUAGAAAAACUAGUCACUCAGGUCAUCAAAAAUCUUCAGGUGAAAAUUUCCAACAUCCAUAUUCGCUAUGAAGAUGAUAUCACAAAUCGGAAUAACCCCUUGUCAUUUGGGAUUUCACUUCAGAAUCUAAGUUUGCAGACCUCAGAUAAGAAUUGGAAUCCAUGUUUACAUGAUGAAACUGCCAAGUUGUUCUACAAGCUUGUACGACUGGAUAACCUUUUCGCUUACUGGAAUGUGAAAUCGGAGAUGUUCUACCACGGUGGUUGUGAUGAAUCGUUGGUUAACUUAAAACAGGGAGUUGCCAGCCACAACGUGAUUCCAGAAGGUUAUGAUUUUGUAUUCCGCCCAAUUUCAGCUAGAGCCAAACUCCUUAUGAAUCCUCGAUCUGAUGUUGACUUUUCAUCACCAAAAAUGGAUUUAGAUGUAAAUUUACAGGAUAUAAGUGUUGAAUUCAAUAAGCCGCAGUACUUCAGUGUUGUGGAGCUUCUUGAGUCUAUUGAUAUGAUGACUCGAAAUCUGCCAUAUAGGAAGUACAGACCUGAUGUUCCAUUGCACGGCAAUGCCAAGACAUGGUGGAAAUAUGUUAUUUAUGGCAUCCUUGAAGUAAAUGUUCAACCUAAGCUCCAAAUGUGGUCAUGGGAACAUAUUCGGCACCAUAGGAAGCAAGUGAAGAACUAUAAAGAGAUGUAUAAAACAAAGAUAACAUCAAAAAAACCUAAUGAAGAAAUCUUAAAAUUGUUGGAGGAAUUUGAAAAGGCGUUGGAUAUUUUUAACAUCACUCUAGCAAGGCAACAAGCAGAAGUUGAGGCAACUAAGGCUGGAUUCAAAAUCUUCAGACCAGGAGUAAAACAAGAUGAUGAAAAUGGUGGUGGCUGGUUUAGUUGGAUAUGGAGCUGGUCAGGUGAAAAAAAGAAUGAAGAAAAACAAGAAGUAAAGGGUUCAAGUCUUGAAGAGCUGAUGACACGUGAAGAGAAGGCUAAACUUUAUGCUGCAAUUGGAUAUAGUGAAACAGCUGUGGAUCCAACCCUUCCAAAAUCAUAUGAAGCCAUGAAGUUCUCUGUGAAGUUAUUAAGCAUGUCUAUAUCAAUAAGAGAAAACAAGCAAACUCCUGAGCUGGUAAAAUUUGCAUUAACUGGCUUGAGUACAGUAUUUACCCAACGACCAGGUGCACAAGCAAUAAGAUUUGAAACAAAAAUUACCUCACUUGAAGUUACAGGCAUGUCCCGAGAAAAGUGUACACCCUGUCUCCUAUCUUCUCGAACAGUCUACUCAGACAAGAGUACUUCACUCUUAAGCAUAAUGUUUGAGACUAAUCCUUUGGAUGAGAAAGCAGAUCAAAGGCUUAGAAUAGAAUCACAGCCGCUGGAAAUAGUAUAUGAUGCAAUGACAAUAAAUAGCUUAGUAGAUUUCUUCAGGCCUCCGAAAGAUGUACAUUUAGAGCAGUUGACAUCAGCAACUCUGAUGAAGCUUGAAGAGUUCCGUGAAAAAACAUCAACAGGUUUGUUGUAUGUUAUUGAAACCCAGAAGGUUCUUGACCUAAAAAUUAACCUCAUGGCUUCAUACAUCAUUGUUCCACAAAAAGGUUUCUAUGACUGUACGUCCAAUUUACUACUUCUGGAUCUUGGUAGUCUUAAGAUGAAAAGCAAAAGUCGUUCUGGUAUAUCAGAACUCAAAGUAGGACAAAGCACUAUUGAAGAUAUAAUGUCAAGAGCUUAUGACAGUUUUGAUAUCCAGCUCAGCAGUAUACAGUUACUGUACAGCAAACAUGAUGAGAACUGGCAAGAGGCUCGGAAGCUGAAAUAUUCAUCUCAACAUAUCUUGCAGCCCUUGGAUGUAAAAGUGGAAUUUAGCAGGGCUAUGGUUGUUACAGAUGCAAGAAUGCCCAAGUUCAAACUGUCUGGACAGCUGCCUUUACUUUCUAUCCAAAUAUCAGACCAGAAGCUGACAAGUAUCUUGGAGCUAAUUGAUAGCAUUCCUAAGCCAGAAAGUGCUCCUGCUACCAGUUCUCCUCCAAAAAUAACUGAGGCUGCAAUAUCCCCUGUGCUCUCAGCACCACAUUUGUCACAAGGUGUGUUUCCUGUUUUGGAUCUUCAUUCAUUUGCUGAGUCAGAAUCAGAAGAAGAAUUUUAUGAUGCUCUAAGCAGCCCUGUGGAAGACAUGCCAUUUUUUGAAGCCCCAUCUGGUUCCCUCAAGCGAGCUAGCAGUACAAGGCGAAAAAAACUACGUAAACAAGAAUCUUUGAAAAAUAUGACAGAAUUCCAGCUAAGGUUUGAAGUAGCUGAGGUCUUAAUUAAAUUAUGCCAUCUUACUGGUAAUAUGGAGACACCUGUGCUGCAGCUUGAUAUUGUAGGGUUAGGCACUGAGCUUAAAUUAAGAACAUUUGACAUGACUGCAAAUGCUUUCCUUCGUGAAGUUUGUCUGAUGUGCCCAGAGUAUAUGGAUGAUAAUGACAAGCCAGUUUACAUAAUUACUACUUUGGAUAAUGUAGAAGAUGAUCUUCUCACUCUGGAGUACAUAAAGGCUGAUAUUCAUGGACCAGAACUGAAAACUGCCUAUCAGAAUGUUCUCCAGAAAAUAAAGGUGAACUUUUCAUCUCUAGAUGUUCAUUUGCAUACUGAAGCUCUGCUGAAUGCUAUGAACUAUUUGAAUAAUCUUCUACCCAAACAAGAAACUAAAGUUGCAGAAGAACUGGUCCAUGAAAAAAUAGAGGAGAAGAAGGAUGUUCUUAAGAAAUUAACAUCAAAAAAAUCGAAGUAUGAAGAUGUUAUUGACCUCAAUAUCUGUGCAGAUUUAUCCUGUUUACGUAUCUUUAUCAGAGAGAAAAAACAUAGAAUCGCUGAAAUUCACAUUGAAGGUCUGGAUAGCCAAGUGAUCAUGAAGAAAGCAGCAACAGAAGUGACUGCAAAAUUAAAGAACAUCAUUAUUGUGGAUUCUGAUGAGACGGCAUUGUAUAAAAAGGCUCUUUACAUCACAGGAAAAGAAGUCUUCAACUUCAGAAUGGUAUCGUAUGUGAAUGCUACAGAUGGCAUUGCAUAUACAAAUAUGGAUGUUGUUGACAAUCGUAUUUACCUAACUGUUGGGUGUAUUCAAGUAGUUUUUGUCAACAAAUUUGUUUCAUCUAUUUUGGCUUUUAUAAAUAACUUUCAAGCCGCCAAGGAAGCUCUUACUGAGGCAACUGUUCAAGCAGCAGAGAAAGCAGCUACAGGUGUAAAAGAGCUAGCGGAGCGUAGUUCCCGUUUGGCACUAGAUAUCAAUAUUAAAGCACCUGUUGUGAUAGUUCCACAGUCAGCAAUGUCUGCGAAUGUCCUGGUGGCCGAUCUUGGUCUAAUCACUGUGAAGAACCAAUUCUUUAUUGCUAAAACAAAAACACGGUAUAAUCUCCCGCCUGUUGUUGACUCUAUGACAGUGAAAUUGAGUGAACUAAAGUUAUACAGAUCAUGCUAUGAGCAGGGUUCAUUGCAAACUGAAGUACAGUUGCUGCAGCCCCUCAACCUGGAAGUAGCUGUUGAACGAAAUUUAGCUGCCGCAUGGUAUAACGAAGUUCCUGAUAUUGAAAUAUCUGGCCGACUCAAGCCUAUGAAUCUAAUUCUCAGUCAGGAAGAUAUUACCACAAUAUUGAGGACACUAAAUGAAAAUAUAGGUGGAAGCUCUGGUGCAUCAGCAUCUUUGCCAGAACCGAAAGAUACGACUAGCCAUUGUAGUGAUAUGCAUAGUACUUCACAGCACUCUGCAGGUGUAACUGUUGUGACAUCAGCUGUGGUGGAAUUGCAUUCACCUGUGAAAAUAAGAACAACACUAAAACUGGACUUCAGAUUUGACUCUCUGACUUUAGUGUUGUAUAGUCCAAAUUCAAAACAGGUUACAAAUUUGGAUCAGAGAGAUGACCUUUUGAAGCUUGCAGAGUUUAAGUUAGUUUUGAUGUCAGCUGCUGUCAAAAUGUUAUCAGAUGGUUCAAUGAAUGCUUCAGUCAAGCUGGCAAACUGUACAUUAGAUGAUAAAAGACAGUCAAUCCAGAAGGCUACGCCAAGGAUGGUGGAAAUGAAACAUGGAUUUGAAAAGAAAGUUAUGGUGGAUAUAAGCUAUAAGCAGGGGAGAGAUGGCACUGUUCUUGAUGUGAUUGUUCAAGAGAUAUACCUUUGUGCAAGCAUGGAGUUUCUACUUACUGUUGCAGAUAUAUUCCUAAAGGCUAAUGCAGAAAGUGCUGCUGCACAGAGAAAUCUCAAACAGUCAUUACCUUUAAAGGAGCAAGCACCUGUGCAGCCUGUAUCUACAAUGGAAAUGAACAUUGUUGUUAAAAAUCCAGAGAUUGUGUUUGUGGCCGAUUUAACAAGAAGUGAUGCUCCUGCAUUGGUGGUUACAACACAGUGUGAGGUCUUCAUUAAAAAUAGCCCUGAAAGGUAUAGCAUGACAGCUGCUGUUAAAGAGAUACAAAUGAAAGCAUGCCCAUUUCUUCCAGAAAAAAGGAAAGGAAACAUUACUACGGUAUUACAGCCUUGUGACUUCUUCUUUGAAAUGAAACAGUCAGGUACUAAUCCACAGACUGCUGAUCUAACGAUUAAAUCUCUAACAAUAAAAGUUUCACCAAUAAUCAUAAACACAGUAAUUACUAUUACAUCAGCCCUUUAUCAAACUGCAGAAACAACAGAAGAAGAGAUUAGUGAAAUUCCUCCAGACUUGUGGAAUAAGAAAGAUAUAAAAAAUCUAAAAAUGUGGUUUCUUGAAGAGUCGAAUGAAAAUGAAGAUACAAAUCCAACUGCUGAACUGGUUCCCACAGGAGAGUCCUUGAAAAUGAAUAUAGAAUCUGUUUUUCUAACACUUGAAGCUGGGGUUGGGCACCGAACUGUACCAAUGCUUUUAGCCAAUGCCUCAUUUCUUGGAGAAGUCAAAAACUGGAGUACUCUAAUCAACCUACGUUCUCGUCUUGAGCUAGAGGUACACUAUUUUAACGAGAUGUUUGGGGUGUGGGAACCUUUGCUUGAACCACUAGAAGUUGAGAAGACUGAUUUAUUCAAACCAUGGAUUCUUGAAAUCAAGAUGAAGAAGAAGACUAAAAAAGCGUUGGUUGAAUCAGAUGCAGAGGAGGAAAACUACAAAGUUCCGGAAUAUAAAACAGUAAUAAAUGUUUCCUCAAAAGACCAGCUGAACAUUACACUGUCCAAAUGUGGUCUACAAAUGUUGAGUAACUUGGGCACGGCAUUUGCUGAAGCAGCUAGUCAAACUUCAGACAUCUUCAAAAAAGACCGAGCACCAUUUGUAAUAAUAAAUUCUUUAGGACUUCCCAUCACUGUCUCGCCUAGCGAUUCCUUUAGUGUUCUUAAUGUUGAAUUUGGAGCAAAAAUAUUUCAUUUAAGAGAUGGAGAGAAUUUAAAUAUGGAAUUUGUCAGAACUAAAAAUGAGAGUGACCAGUUCACAGCAAUGACAACUCUGAGUAGCAAGAGGUUUUACAUUCAGAUCUGUCCACAUAAUCAUUCCACUGUGGAAAAGAUUCCAUUGACAAAAGUGGGUCGAUGUAUUUACCGAGUGAGACACGAGGAAUCAGGUGUUGAAAGGUCUAUUGUCUGCCAAAUUGAUACUGUUGAAGGAAGCAAGAUGAUAACUAUACGUUCUCCUAUUCAGAUAAGGAAUCAUUUUUCAAUCCCGUUAAAUAUUUUUGAGGAAGGAAGAUGUUUAGGGACGGCUUCACCAGAAAAUGAAUUCAGCAUACCAUUGUCCUCUUACAGAUCCAUACUGAGUUUGCAACCACUAGCCAAUGAAAAUGGAGUGGAUGGAGAUUAUGAUAUGUGUGAAGGAAUUACAUUUGAUGAAAUUAUGAAAAAUGUUGACAGUUUAUUACAAAGGAAAUGCCAGUCUGUGAGGUCAACUAACCACUCACUUAUCAUCAAUAUUGUUCCUGUAAAAGACACAUUGACAUCUUCAUUAUGUGCAGAAGAUCAAUGGGAUUUUCCAUAUGUUGUUCAUUUAUGGCCUUCUGUUCUUCUCCGCAAUCUUCUUCCUUACCAGAUAACUUAUUCUGUAGAGGGAAAUGGGAACAAAUACGACACUUUACAAGAAGGAUGUUCAGCCCAGAUUCAUAAUGCAGUCUUGGAUCAAACAAAACUAGAUUUGCAGUUGCUUAACUAUCUUGAUCAAAAUUGGAAAAGUGAGUACCAUAUAAAAAGCAAUCUACCGGAUAUCAGCUUCACGACGUUUUGCUGCAUCACAGAGCUGGAUAAGACUGAACUGGAUAUUGCUGUCCACGUGACCUACAUAACUGGGCAGAUGGUUAUAGCAAUUCACAGUCCGUACUGGAUGGUAAAUAAAACUGGUCGAAUGUUGCAAUACAAAGCUGAUGGUAUUCACCGCAAGCAUCCUCCGGAUUACAAAAAGCCGCUCCUUUUUUCUUUCCAGCCCAAAAACUUCCUCCAAAAUAACAAGGUGCAACUUAUGGUAACUGACAGUGAACUGUCUGAUCAGUUUUCACUGGACACUGUUGGAAGUCAUGGUUCUGUGAAAUGCAAGAGUCAUAAAAAGGAGUAUCAAGUCGGUGUCACCAUAAACAACAGCAGUUUUAAUAUUACUAGAAUUGUAACUUUCACUCCAUUUUUUAUGAUCUCAAAUAGAAGCAAAUACACUUUGGAAGUAGCUGAAGAAGGCAAGGAAAAGUGGAUUCCUAUUGUUUUGCAACAGUGCAUUCCCUUUUGGCCUGAAAAUGAUGCCAACAAACUGCUUGUUAGAGUUGAAAAUUCUGAUCUCCCCCCAAAGAAGAUAAAUUUUGAUAAGCAAGAAAACUGUCUGCUACUGCAUUUGGACAACAAGCUUGGAGGAAUUACAGUGGAUGUUAACCUGACUGAACAUUCUACAGUGAUUACCUUUUCUAAUUACCAUGAUGGCGCAGCUCCAUUUCUGUUGAUAAACCAUACUAAAGAGGAAAUUAUUGAGUAUGGACAAAGCUCCCUCAGUGAAUUGGAAGACUGUCUUCAGCCAAAUAACGCAGUACUGUAUACUUGGGCGGACCCAGCAGGAUCUAGAAAAUUGAAAUGGAAAUGUGGAAAUAGAACUGAGGAAAUUACCCCAAAAGAGGACAAAAUGGAAAUACUCAGCCUGGAUUGUAGAAAAGUAGUCUAUUUAGUGUCAUUUUUUGAAGGUUUGCAGCGUAUUGUCCUGAUCACUGAAGAUGAGAAUGUAUUUAAAUUGACGUACGAAAGUGUAAAAGCAGAACUAGCAGAACAAGAAAUUGUUCUGUCUUUGCAAGAUGUUGGUAUUUCGUUGGUUAAUAAUUAUACAAAGCAAGAGGUGUCCUACAUUGGAAUUACAAGUUCUGAUGUGGUUUGGGAGACAAAACCCAAGAAGAAGUCAAGAUGGAGACCAAUGAGUGUUAAGCAGACUGAUAAAUUAGAACAAGAAUUCAAAGAUUACAGUGAGCUAACUCCUUCAGAGAACAAGAUUAUUCCAUUGGAAUCUAAUGUUUUGGUAUGUUUAAUACCUAACGGAAUGAACAUGAAAAUUCAACAGCCAAAUGAAAUUCCUAUCAGAAGGAAUUAUCUGCCAGCUUUAAAAGUAGAAUACAGUUCAUCUGCACAUCAGAAGUCUUUCAGAAUUCAAAUUUACAGGAUACAGAUACAAAACCAGAUUCCUGGAGCCAUAUUUCCCUUUGUGUUCUAUCCUAUUAAACCUCCAAAGUCCAUCACCUUGGAUUCAGCACCAAAACCAUUUACUGAUGUCAGUAUUGUCAUGAGGACUGCAGGACAUUCACAAAUAUCUCAUAUUAAGUAUUUUAAGGUCCUGAUUCAAGAGAUGGAUCUCAGAUUAGAUCUUGGCUUCCUGUAUGCACUGGUUGAAUUCUUUACACAGGCUGAUGUGCUGAGUGACCAAGAGCUAGAACUUUUCAAAAAGGAUGUUGAAUCUCUUCAAGAAGAACUGAUGAGUGUGUCAUCAAUGGAUACAUCACAAAUCAGCUUGUAUGAAUACUUUCAUAUCUCUCCAAUUAAGUUACACUUAAGCUUUUCACUCAGUACGGGUGGAGAAGAUAGUAACAAAGAAGAAAGAAAGAAUGAACUGAUACCACUUCAGUCCCUGAAUCUCCUGCUGAAGAGUAUAGGGGCCACCCUCACAGAUGUACAAGAUGUUGUCUUUAAGUUGGCAUUCUUUGAACUCAGCUAUCACUUCUGUACUACACAACAGCUCCAAUCAGCAGUUGUAAGGCAUUAUUCAAAACAGGCUAUUAAACAGAUGUAUGUUCUUAUUCUUGGCCUUGAUGUCUUGGGUAAUCCAUUUGGAUUCAUAAGAGGCUUGUCUGAAGGAGUAGAAGCAUUCUUCUAUGAACCUUACCAGGGAGCCAUCCAGGGUCCUGAAGAAUUUAUAGAAGGAAUGGCACUAGGACUUAAAGCACUAGUAGGGGGAGCUGUUGGUGGAUUAGCUGGUGCUGCAUCGAGAAUCACUGGUGCUAUGGCAAAAGGAGUAGCUGCGAUAACUAUGGAUGAGGAUUACCAGCAGAAAAGGAGAGAAGCCAUGAAUAAACAGCCCACUGGUCUGAGAGAGGGUAUCACUCGUGGCGGAAAAGGAUUAGUUUCUGGUUUUGUCAGUGGCAUAACAGGAAUAGUUACAAAACCAAUAAGAGGAGCUCAGAAAGAAGGAGCAGCUGGUUUUUUCAAAGGUGUUGGAAAAGGCUUAGUGGGAGCAGUAGCUAGGCCUACUGGAGGAAUCAUAGACAUGGCAAGCAGCACAUUUCAGGGUAUUAAAAAAGUUGCAGAUUCAUCAGAAGAUGUGAUAAGCCUGCGCCCACCUCGCUUCUUUGGUGAAGAUGGCGUUAUUAGACCUUACAGAUUAAGAGAUGGAACUGGAAGUCAAAUGUUACAGAAAAUUGAAAACGGAAGAUUUGCAAAACUCAGAUAUAUUGCACAUGCUAUGGUCAACAGUACAGACCUGUUAAUGGUAACAAAAAGCGGUGUGUUAUUUGUGACAAAAGGGACAUUUGGACAGCUGACAUGUGAAUGGCAAUACACUUACGAUGAAUUUACCAAAGAACCAUUCAUCGUUGAUGGCAGAAGAUUACGCAUUGAAGCCAAGGAACGAGUUAAGUCUGUGUUCCAUGCCAAAGAAUUUGGAAAAAUUAUUAAUUUUAAAAGUCCAGAGGAUGCUAAGUGGAUCCUUUCUAAACUGGAAGAAGUGAGAGAGAAUCAGCCAAAAUUGUAAUGAAUGGAGAAGCACCAAGAUACGAAGAACACUGAACAGCUACCUUACAAUUCCUCUUUAACAAGCAGAACUAUUUGAUUAUCAGCAACAAAAGGAAAAACAG